CUUUUUCGUUCCCCAUGGACUGAAAAAUUCAGAGAAGGACCAAAUUUGAAGUUUCUCUCACACUGCUCUGAUCUCAGCUCCGAUCUGUGAAUCUCUCUCGUCUAUCGCCUUCAACGGGAAAACUAUUUUCUUUUUUCUCCCGGAGACGAGGAAAGAAUGCAGUUCUUCGGUGGAUCCGAGAUAAGUCCGUCGCCGCCGGUUCCGACGGCGAGUGGAAACAACGCGCACAUGAUGUACGUUUUCAACCGUAACGGUGUCUGCCUUCUCUACAAAGAAUGGAAUCGGCCUCUUCAUACGCUCAACCCUCAGCAGGAUCACAAGCUCAUGUUCGGCCUUCUCUUCUCCCUCAAAUCCCUCACCGCCAAGAUGGAUCCCGUCAAUGCGGAUAAAGGGAAUCUGGGGGUUCCACAGCUUCCGGGACAAGGAUGCUCUUUCCAUAGCUUCCGUACGAACACUUACAAGCUGAGCUUCAUGGAGACUCCCUCUGGUAUUAAGAUUAUCUUAGUAACUCAUCCAAAGACGGGAGAUUUACGUGAAUCCCUUAAGUACAUCUACGGUUUAUACGUUGAAUACGUGGUGAAAAAUCCUAUUUACAGCCCAGGAUCUCCAAUCAAGUCGGAGUUGUUCAACACUGCACUUGACCAAUAUGUAAGGAGCAUCUCAUAGUGUGUGCGCAUUACUGAUUUGGCCAUUGGAACUUCUCGUGCUUCACAGAACGUUCUUCUAAGCCAUCUCCAUAGAGAAGAGAGUAUCAAUCUCGAGUCGACUGUUUUCUCUGCAAAUGUAUGUUUUGUUUACACUUUUUUAACUCACUGUAUUGGCUUGUUAUCAAAGAUGUUUUAUUGUUUACUCAAAUCUUGAAAUGCCCAUAUGAGCAAGAAAUCGUAAUUACGUCAUUUAACUUAAAAGCAAAAGUAGAAAUACAUAGCAUUAAC